AGUUCAAAAUAUCAUUGAUGGAAGUUACAGCUCGAGAGUCGAUACAGACAGAUCUGGUUAGGAGAAAACAACGAGACUUUCCCGAAUUCAUCCUGAUAGCAGCUAUAGCCUAUUGUUAUGCCCCAAAGUCCUGUGUUAUAAGGCGAACGAACGUUAUGGCUUCAACAACAAUCCCUCAUGUUCUCCGCUCAUGUUCUCUCUCUGGCUGCUUCGUGUAUUAUUUCCCUGAUUGUUGCUUUGCGUCUGAGUCGCAGACGCGUCUACCCUUUACCUCUGCCGCCUGGCCCUCGCGGUUUACCAUUUCUGGGAAACGCACUGCAAUUGGACACCAAACGACCUUGGCUCACAUAUAUUGCUUGGGGAAAGACAUAUGGCAAAAUCAUUCACUCUCGCAUCCUUGGGAUCGAUAUGAUCAUCAUAAACUCUGAAUCGAUCGCGCGGGAGUUGUUGGACAAGCGUUCUGCAAUUUAUUCGGACCGACCUGUCAUUCCCACCAAUGAGAUGGCUGGACUGGGAUUCAAUACUGUACACCUUCCGUAUGGCGAGACUUUGCGACAACAUCGCAAGAUCUUCCAUCAGGUCCUUAGGGCCGAAGCCUCUGUUUCCUACCACGAAAUGUACUCUCCCCACGCGAAUGAAUUAGUCUUCGAUCUAUUGAAAGCCACCGGUGACCUCCAGAAACCUAUUCAAGCAUACACCGCAUCCCUGAUCAUGUCCGUGACAUAUGGACACACCAGUCGCGGAACCCAAGACCCAUUCUUUACCCGUACGCAAGAACUUCUGGAUAUUGCCAAACAGCUCCUUUCUCCAGAGAGGGCUGCCAUAUUCACAGCCUUUCCUUUCCUUACAAAGCUGCCAGUUUGGUGCUUUCGUGGAGCUUAUGCCCUGAUGGGACGCACUAGAGAAUUAUGUCCACAGCUUUUGAACGAGCCCUUUGACGAGGUGAAGGCACAGAUGGCAAAUGGUACUGCUUCAAAAUCACUAGUCGCCGACUUUCUCAGUCAAGCUGACGAAGAUGCUGACGAAGACACGAUGAAAGCUGUUGCAUUGAUGGGAUACAUAGGCGGCAUAGACACGUCUGCAUCCACGUUGCACACAUUUCUGAUGGCCAUGGUACUUUAUCCCGAUGUCCAAGCCAGGAUUCAUGCAGAAAUAAAUCAAGUCGUGACGCAUGAUAAAAUGCCGUCCGUUGAUGAUAGACCAUCGUUACCCUACCUUGAUGCCGUUCUCUGUGAGGUUCUAAGAUGGUAUCCUUCCAUACCCCUAGGAAUGGCGCAUGCGACAACAAAUGAUGAUUGUUAUGGCGGAUACUUUAUACCCAAAGGCACGGUGGUGAUGGUUAAUCAAUGGGCAUUGUCUCGGGACGAAGACAUAUUUCCGGAUGCAUCACGCUUCGAUCCCACUCGCUAUCUCACAGCUGAUGGGCAGCUGAAGGUCCAUUUUGUCAACCAUUUUGCCUUUGGUCAUGCCAGGCGCGUUUGUCCCGGUCGUUGGUUUGUCCAGAACAGUCUGUGGCAUGCGAUGGCUGCCAUCCUCGCCGUCUUGCGUAUCGAUCAUGCCAGAGACUCGAACGGCAAGAAGAUUGAGGUAAAGCCGGAAUUCACCACCGGCAUGGUGAUUCGUGAAUUCAGCGAGAGAAGGGCAGCUUCGCGCAAUGAUGAAUUUGAUAUAGACGGUUAUUUGCGCUACUAUGUGAAAGGUGCCGGAUUUUGA